AUGGAUGAAAGUAUGAAUGCAAAGAAAAGAAAACCAAACUGGAGUGAGAGAGAGUUGGAUAUUCUAGCGGAGUCGGUGCUUCCAAGAAAUAAGUUACUAAAAGCGAAGUUUUCCAAUUUUGUUACCACGGAUAGAAAGCAGGAACUCUGGAAAGAGAUUGAGGAUGAAGUCAAUGCUGUAUCAUAUGUCAAUCGUUCAGUAGAAGAAAUUAAAAAGAAGUGGGCAGAUAUACAAAGUCUGACCAAGAAAAAAGAAUCGGAGAGAAGAAGGUUGAUGAAGGAAACUGGUGGAGGCCCCCACUCUGAUAUUUAUUUUAAAAGUUGGGAGAAACUGGUGCUGGAGUCUUUAUCAGAUGUGGCCAUUGAGGGCAUCUCUGGGGGAGUGGACACAGCAGAACCUGUCAAAGACACAUCAACCCUUAGCCAGGGAGCUGUGGUUCCAGUCACAGAGGCUGAUAGACCUGGAACUUCCAAACAAGAGAAACUAUACAUUGUGAUGUCACGUUAUUUACCCCCAGCUCAAACUGGGUAUACAGAAAUUUACCCAGAGCUUGCUAAACAAUUCAUUCUUGUGUUAAAAGCAUGA